AUGAAUUUGGAAUAUUUGGAUAUUUUUAUAAUUAAUUUAGAAUACCUGUAAUACAAAAUUGUAAAGAAAGUUUAUUUGAUAAAUGUUUCAAAUGUGAAAGAUUUUAUGAAUUGUAAAAUAAUUAAUCCAGACGCAAUCCCAUAUGUAAUGAUGGGAUUGUAUUAGAAUAAGAAUUUUGUGAUGAUAAGAACAAUAUAUAGUUUGAUGUAUGCUAUAAAUGCUAAUCAAGUUGCUAAUUGGAAUGCUUAUAUUGUAAUGGAAGUCAAUGUUAUUAAAGUCUUGAUGGUUGGCAAUUGUUAGAUUAUGGUUUCUAUCAAAAUUUUGGAGAUGGUAAAGUAGCUAAAUUUUCAACAGAAUAAUGUGAUGAUGGAAAUUAUAAUAAUAGAGAUGGAUGCUUUGAAUGUAAAUUUUAAUAUGGUCCUAAUU